AUGGGCUAUUUUGCAAAAUUAUUCCCACCGUACUACAAAUAUCCAGUUUUGAUUUUCCUUUUCUGUGAAUUCGUCUACUCUGCAUUCGUUCUUGCAAUCUCAGAAGCCUACUACAAAUCAGCUGCACUUAUUCUACCAAUUGCUUAUAGGAUUUUCGAUGAUACAGUUAAAAAGAAUAAACCAGGAUUUGACUGGUCUCCCGAGGAGAAAGAUAUUCUCGAAGUGUACAAAGUACAAAUGCUAUUCCUAUGGGUUAUCUCUGCAAUCGGUGUCAUUUUGUGUAUUUUUGUGAUGAUUCCACAAUUUUUUGAUUUCAAUGAUAAACGAGGAAAUCCAAGCCAUCUGUGUCUGGUACGAAAAAAACUGGCGUGGGUGAUGUUCCUGAUCGUCACCGUCUACAUCAUCGUUCUGGGUAUCGCCGUGUUUUGGGCAUGGACCGACGGCGGUGCGGCAGCCAAACACUUCCAUGCACAUUUUGAUGGAGCCGAGAAGGAAGAAAUCUACAUCACAGAACUGGAAGAAGCGUUCGAUUGUGAAUCAGACGACGAUCAAGAGGUUGCUGAAGUGACUAUGUGUUGGGAAAAAGUCAACAAAACCUUUAUUUCUCACACAUGGCUGGAUAUCCUCUUCUUUGCUUACCUCUCGGGUCACAUUCUGGUUUUCGCUUCUCUGCCUUUCUUCAAUAGAAAACUAUUCAAAGAUGACGAUGAAUUCAUAAAUGCGACAUCGGACAAACUACUGGAUAAUUAA